UCUCUCUCUCUUUCUCUUUGUCACAUUUCACAUCCUAUUUGAAUCGGUAUCGCUGUCUGGCUGUGUUUUUUCCGUGCUUCGCAUACGUUGGUGAAAGGUUAACCAGAGUUAAAAGCGUCUCUGUGGGAUUUCUCCUUUUGUUAUGACCGCACAGAGCCCAUCACGACCUGAUCACGUUCCCCUGCAGCCAAUCAGAGGCGGCGGAGAAGCUCAGCAGCGCUAUAAAUGCACCGUAGAAGCGCUGGAUGAAGUAGGAAUGAACAACAAUAGACACCUUCAGACUGACCAAACAUCUAGAGGCUGUUUUGACCUUUUGAUAUUUGUCUACACUUAACAUAAGGUGUCUGGGUCAAAAAAAUGGCCACCUCAGCAAGUUCAAAACUGAACAAAGCUGUUAAGCAGCAGUACAUGGAUCUCCCUCAAGGAGACAAAGUCCAAGCCAUGUACAUCUGGAUCGAUGGAUCUGGAGAAGGACUGCGCUGCAAGACCAGGACGCUGGAUUCUGAACCCAAGACAAUUGAGGAUCUUCCUGAGUGGAACUUCGACGGCUCCAGCACCUACCAGUCAGAGGGCUCCAAUAGCGACAUGUUCCUAAUACCUGCAGCCAUGUUCAGGGACCCGUUCAGGAAAGACCCCAACAAGCUGGUGCUCUGUGAAGUGCUCAAGUACAACCGCAAGCCUGCAGAGACCAAUCUGCGCCAAACCUGUAAACAGAUCAUGAGCAUGGUGGAAAAUAGUCACCCGUGGUUCGGUAUGGAGCAGGAGUACACUAUCCUGGGCACAGACGGACAUCCCUUUGGCUGGCCCUCCAACGGCUUCCCAGGUCCACAAGGUCCUUAUUACUGUGGAGUUGGAGCAGAUAAGGCAUAUGGACGAGACAUAGUGGAGGCGCAUUACAGAGCCUGUCUGUAUGCUGGGGUUGACAUUUGUGGCACCAAUGCUGAAGUCAUGCCAGCUCAGUGGGAGUUCCAGGUUGGGCCUUGUGAAGGUAUCAACAUGGGGGACCAUCUUUGGGUUGCUCGCUUCAUCCUUCACAGAGUUUGUGAGGAUUUCGGUGUGGUGGUAUCCUUUGACCCCAAACCAAUCUCAGGGAACUGGAACGGUGCUGGCUGCCACACCAACUUCAGCACAAAAGAGAUGCGAGAGGACGGUGGACUGAAAAUCAUCGAGGAUUCAAUUGAUAGGCUGGGGAAGAGACACAGGUACCACAUCCGGGCGUACGAUCCCAAAGGAGGGCUAGACAACGCCAGGCGUCUGACUGGUCAUCACGAAACCUCAAACAUUGACGAGUUCUCUGCCGGCGUGGCCAACCGUGGCGCCAGCAUCCGCAUCCCUCGCUCAGUGGGGCAGGACAAGAAGGGUUACUUCGAGGACCGCCGUCCGUCUGCCAACUGCGACCCUUACAUUGUCACAGAGGCUCUGGUGCGCACAUGUUUACUCAAAGAAGAGGGAGAGGAGCCCACAGAUUACAGCAAAUGAACAGUCUGAGAAGAAGUGUCAUUACCAGUACUAUAUUUAGCCUUGUCUGUUCCAAGACUUUACGGAUCGAUCUUUAACUUUUUUGAAUUUUUUUACUUGACAGAUGAAACAAUGAUUGAGGUAUCCCUGCAUUCUAUUUGAAUUCAGUUGUAUGCAGCAGUUCUUUACCUCUGACACAAAUACUGCCUUUUUGUCAACAACAGUGUAUUUUGUCAUGGUGUCAUGGUAGUUGAUGAUUUAUACAGAAUUUCAUUAUUGUAAUAUGUUUAACUUGUACUAAUGAAAAACUGUCAAUGAGAGCAGCAAGAUUGUGCUGCCGAUCUUGUAACUGACCCAAAGGAUCCCAAAGGCAUUUGAAUGUUUUCAGCAGUCUUGACCUCACUGUCACACUGGUGGUUUGAUCAUGUUGUGAAUUGAUGAGGUCAUUAUGUAAGUCAGUCUACUUUUUGUGUUUUCUUUUUUAACAAUGCAUGUCUGUUUUGUCUGUUUUUUUUUCAUUUGUAAUUGCCACUUGCAAAAAAACAUCUUUAAUAAACAGCUAACAUUUUUA